AUGUGGGUGGAACUGUUUGGCAAAUUCAAGAAACCAACAGCUGCGUGGCUUCUGGAUAAGUUGUUACUCGGUAGAAAGUACAAGGAUGGCUUAACAAGGUUUCGUCUAGCUCUCCUUCUUCUUGUCGAAGGAAUCAUGUGUCCAUCAAGCGGAACUAUGUUCUUAGAUCCGGAGGUUGUAGAUAUGGUAAGCGAUGUUGAAGCAUUCAUACAGUAUCCAUGGGGAAGAAAAUCAGUUCAUAUGACUGUUGAAAGUUCUAAAGAUAGAAAGGCCGAACAUUUAGUUCAAGAAACAAUCGCAAUUCAGGGCUUUGCACACGCGAUGCCUCUUCUAACAGCAGCUUGUUGUCCAGAUCUUAUGACAACUAUUUGCAAAGGCGAGUACACUGUUCCAUAUAGCUACACUGUUGAGGAGAUUAUUGAUGAUGUCAUUACCCGAUGCCUUUCCAUGUUGCGUGUGUUGGGAAGCGUAAUCACAUAUUUCAUAUGGUAUUAUAUUUUUCACGCUUCUGUCCGGUCCAUUCUGAGUAGUGGAUGUGGGGAGGGUUUUGAGGAAAUACAUUUUGAAGACGAAGAUGAUGAUGAGGAAGUCGAACAUAUGCUCGCCUUAAUUAAUGACGAAUUCACUUUUGAAGUCAAUAGUUGGAGGGGUGGGAUGAGAGACUAUGAAGAUGAAACAGUCCCCGGUGAUGGAAGUGGUAACAUAGCAAACCUCAUCUCCCCUGUGGCAGAUGUGUUUGAGAUGCGUUCAAAGGAAGUGUUUGCAACAUAUGUGAACAGCAUAAAAACUUACAUUGACACCGUUGCGGAGAAGCUAAAGACUGACAUUUAA